GCUGCAAUGACCUUCAGUGAGUGAUCUACAAACAGAAAUAAAAGGAAGGGCACAAGCUGCAGAGAGGGUUUGCACCUUGAAGGUUAUAACUUCAACAGUACGGUCUUGGCACUGAGAGGGGAAGAAUACAAACAAUUCUGUGAAAACAGGCUGCAGUGCAGAGAAGAGAAAGCGUGAUAUUCAGACACGCAGAGGCCAGCAUUUCAUUCAUUACUGCAGUGUUACUGAAUACCCACCAGAAAGAUCUAGCAGUAGCUGUAGAAAGCCGGUUAAGGAGGAUCUGGUAUACAAAAGAAGAAACUAUUCUACUGACAAAACUCUGUAAACCAAGUGUUGAGAAAGAGCAGAAGUAAUAAGAGGAGAAGAAAAUCGGGCACGCCUAAUAAGCAAAAAGGUACUUGGUGCAAGAACUGCUAUGUUGUAUAAAACUGAUUUCUUCAUUUUAUUUUCUAACUUUAUUUUGCAAAAUGUGCACAAAAUUAAACUGACACAUUGUGCUGAAGAGUUGAGUGUUACAAGGUUUAGCAGCACUGAGCUUCCGAUUGUAAAAAACGGAGUGAAUUCUUUUCAUUUUAGUCCAUACGUCAGUGUUAGUAUCUGCCUUAGAUGAACUCAGUGCUGAUUCAUUGACUUUUAUGGUUUGGUACCCUGAAGCUUCUAAUUGCCCCUUGUUCAAGUACUUGUCCAUGCAAAACAAUAUUUCUGUUUGCUUCAUAACAGAAAGUCUAACAAGAAGGAAUAAAAAUCUGUCCUAGCCAUGCCCUGGAAUGACAAAUUGCUGAACAGUAAUUUGGAUUAUCAGUCCCAAAAGCAAUGCAAAACAUCAUCUUUUGCUUUUUAUCAGGCAGUAAGGGAUCUGCUUCCAGUGUGGCUUCUAGAAGACAUGCGAACAACAGAAGUUUUUCACUGGGAAGAAGGUGGGAAAGUGAGCAGUUACUCCCCCUCUGAAGCUCUUCUUUAUGCUUUGGUGCACGACCACCAGCCUUAUGCAUAUUACUUACUGAACAAGUACUCCAAGAAAGCCUUAGAUAUGCCAAGCAAGAGUUUCUGCUGCUGUCAGUCAUCUGCACCUCACCUAGCCAUGGCAGUGCGGUACAACCGUAUCAACAGCUUGGAGAGAAUACUAAAAACUGUUAAGGAGCUUGCUGAGAAUGACCGCUCUCUUUAUGUGAACAGUAGGGGCUGCAUUCAUACCGAAGGUGGUCAGACUCCACUGCACUUAGCUUGUGAGCUAGGAAGGCUGGAAUGCUUGACACUUUUGCUGGGCUAUGGAGCCUCACCUUCUAGCACUGAUUGUAAUGGACAGACCCCAUUGGACACAUUACUUCAGCAGAUCUGCCAGAACAGCUCCCAUCUGUGCUCCAUUCGCCUCUGUCUGGAUAAGUUGCUGCUCUUCAUGCCUGAUCUCCAGUUCAAGAUGAGGUCUGAACUACUCAACAACAGUGGACUCUGGCAGAAUUUGCUUGGAGAAAACACGUUCCAGUGGCUUGUGGGCUUUUGUCCACCAACGCUUUAUGUCAUGUCAAUGCAGGUUUUAAUCAAAGCUAUUUCUCCUGAACAGUUUCCAGAAGGACUGGCCAAUCUACCAGUGCCACAUUUUUUAAAGCCUUUGAAUGUCAGUGUAAACAUGUAAGUUACAGUUGUACUGUAGGUACAAUUUGUGCAACAUCCUAUAACUUGAAUCAGAUAGGGAAAAUACUCAGGUCAACUUGAUAAUUGCAAAGUACUGCUUAAUUAAUGUUGGAAUUACAACUCUCAUAAGCCUUGAAAGCUGACUGCUGUUUGUAAUGUUACUGCACCUGUAAGUUACUCUUCCCAACACACUUACUCACAAGUAUGUAAAUGCACAUGCACACGCACACAUAGACACAGGCACACACACAGACACACACA